AUGGCCAUGGUCUCAAAAAGCAUCUCCAUUCUGGAGAAAGGCAUCCAAAGUCCCAAAAUCUGUCUUUCAGCUCCAGACCCCUACUGUGAUUCCAUCAAUCAAGUGAUCGGAACAUUGCAAAUGCUUCAAUCUUAUGUUUCACAGCACGUGAGACGCUCUACAACAAUUACCAAUGUAAUAAGUGCACCUGAUGUCGGUAGUGAUGUGCUCGAUAAUUUCGACGAUACAAACUGGGGCGGCAAUGCGUUGGGUGCGUUGAAUUAUAUGACAUCCACUGAUUGGGCAAGCGAGACUGAAGGACCAUUCAUGGGGUUUAUGGAACUAGAGUCUUAG